AUGGCAGUGACAACCAAACACCUGAUUGAGGAUCAUUUUGAACUUAAAGCAUGGGUUUAUGUUUCCGAACCUUUUGAUGUUGUUGGACUCACCAAAGCAAUUCUCAAGUCUUUUAAAUCUUCAGCAGAUGAUGAAUCAAUUUUCAAUUUACUCCAAGAUAAACUACAACACAUACUAACGGGUAAGAAAUACCUGCUUGUUUUAGAUGAUAUCUGCAAUGGGAACGCAGAUUAUUGGGAGCAGUUACUACUUCCCUUUAACCAUGGAUCUUUUGGAAGUAAGAUUAUUGUGACGACACGUGACAAGGAGGUAGCAUAUGUCCUGAAUUCCACCAAAAUAUUUGAUUUACAACAAUUAGACAAAAGAGAUUGUUGGAGUUUAUUUGUGACACAUGCGUUUCAUGGAAAGAACACGAGUGAAUAUCCAAGUCUGGAAUCAAUUGGCAAGAAAAUAGUAAACAAGUGUGGAGGUUUACCUCUAGCAGUAAAAACAAUGGGCCAACUCUUGCGAAAAAAAUUCUCUCAACAUGAAUGGAUAAAGAUAUUGGAGACUGAUAUGUGGUGUUUAUCAGAUGUUGACAACAACAUUAAUCCGGUGCUGAGAUUGAGUUACCAUAAUCUCCCUUCCAAUCAGAAGCGUUGUUUUUCUUUUUGUUCUAUAUUUCCCAAAGGUAGUCGUUUUGGCAAAGAUGAGUCAAUCAAGCUUUGGAUGGCUGAAGGUUUGUUGAAGUGUUGCGGAGCAGGAAAAAGUGAAGAAGAAUUGGGUAAUGAAAUUUUCAGUGAUCUUGAGUCAAUUUCUUUUUUCCAACAACCAUACCAUCUAAUAGUUGGUAGAUAUAAGAACCACUUUGUCAUGCACGAUCUUAUCAAUGAUUUAGCAAAUUCAGUAUCAGAAGAUUUUUUUGUGCAAAUAAAUGGUUGUAUGGUGGAAGGUAUUCCUGAAAGGACACGUCACAUUCGGUGCUCUCUUCAAUUAACUUAUGUUGAUAAAUCACUAGAGCCAAUUUGUCAGCUUAAGGGACUACGUAGUCUGUUACUAAAAGGCGAUGGAUCUAUAUUGAUAAGCAACGACGUGCAACGUGAUAUGUUUUCACAACUAAAAUAUUUGCGAAUGUUAUCAAUCAAUGGUUGUGGCCUCUCAGAGCUAGUUGACGAGAUAAGCAAUUUAAAGCUUCUGCGUUAUCUAGACCUUUCUUACACUCAGAUUACAAGCUUACCUGACGCCAUUUGUAUGUUGUGUAAUAUGCAAACACUCUUGUUAGGAAACUUUGAUAAAUUGACUGAGCUCCCUUCAAAUUUUUCCAAACUCAUCAAUUUACGUCAUCUUAAACUCCCUUAUUCUUUAAAGAAGAUGCCAAAGCAUAUAGGAAAUUUAAGCAAUCUCCAGGCCUUGCGUUAUUUUAAGGUGGAAGAGCAAAACGGAUCUGAUCUUAAAGAGUUGGAGAAACUUAACCAUCUUCAUGGAACACUUCAAAUUACAGGGCUGGGUAAUGUCAUUGAUCUUGUAGAUGAUGCGGCAACAAUUUUGAAAAAUAAAAAGUAUUUAGAAGAAAUACUCAUGACAUUUAAUGGCGGAAGAGAAGAAAUGAGGGGUUCAUAUGUUGUAAGACAAGUGUCUAUCUUGGAUGCCCUUCAACCGAGUAGCAACUUGAAGAGGCUCACCAUUAAGAACUAA